AUGAAUGUGAAAAAAGUGUUGGAAUAUACAAAGCAGAAGUUGCAGAUAUUCGAGGCAGGAAACGAUACUUACGUGAAAUGGCAAUUAUCCGCUUCUUCAUCUUUAACAGUGGAUCUUGCAUACGAAUCCGUUCCGCCUCUAGUCCAAGAAUCCUUUGUACGAGACCUUCCUAUAUACCACUUUAGUGCAGCAGCUUACAAAGGAGCACCAGCUGAGGUUCUACUGGUCGCUCCGGGAGCAUCACUCUCAGUUUCUCGGAAGAAGACCGGUGAGGAGAGCAGCAUGGCCAGCUCAUGCCAGCAUGCCGCUCUGGUCGCCGCGCCACUGAAGUGGACAGCCGCAGUCGCGUCCGAGUUCGUUCAGCGAGUCAAUCGCGUUGUGGUCAGCGUAUGCAAGGUCACCAUAAACGUGUCUACCAUAAAUAACGUCAAUUGUUCGUUGACAUCAGAAACUGGAGUAAUCUUAACGCUUAACGUUAUCGAGCUAUCUAAUCCAAAUGAUCUCAAAUUGGCGCUCAAGCAACGAUCAGAAGCAGGCGCCUACAUCUUGGAAUGCUGGUUCAUACGUAGAGACCAACAGACUUUCGAAAAAGCUACGUACGGUAACAAGGCGGUAGCGGUCAAUUACACUUCUUUGGUCGAGAUCGGACAUGGAACCGUCGCGAUACCCUGUCGAGCAAAAGCGAUCAUUGCGGAAGCAAAUUUCAAGCGUCCUCUACCACAGAAGUUUCUCGAGGAAACUGAUCAACAUAGUUUCUGCUACAUUGAAAACUCCACAUAUCCCGGGAGUUUUAUAAACUUGACCAUGACAUGCUUCCUUGACAACAUAACUUUGAGUCAUGAUGCGGAUGCUUAUUUUGUUCGUUCCCCGGUGCUACUCAACACCACACUUCAAAAGCAAGUUCCCAUAAGGCUCCAAAUGGCAUGCGUUUCGACCACGGCACUAUCACCCGUAUCGAAUGCAUCGCUUUUGGAAGCGACUCUCACUCGAGAUCUCCUUGGGAUUGUCAUCAAAAGCAAAUCAUUUGACACUUUUCCUGUGGGACUCGUUUCAUGCCGUCAGGUGAUUACCGACGAUAUCGCUCUUGGUGAUGGAGCUGUAUGUAUCGCAGACGGAAACAACGUAGCCGUUCAAUUUGGUGAAGAACCCAGCGUUGGAGUUGGGGAUACAAUUGCUGUGCUAGGACAAAAAAUUGAAGUAAAGAAACAGGACGGGAUGGUCCACCCAAAUUUCACCAUUUUCGCACCCUCCAAAGUGAUGACGUGCAUGCAAACUGUUACCGUGGAAAUGAAACAAAUUACUGGUAAUGGAAGACGUGAUUUGAACUACAAAUGGCAAACGAAGAACGCAACAGCGGCAAUGUCAGCUCUCUUGGAAAAAGAGUCUGGUCGAACGCUGUCAUUUCCAUCUAAACUGCUAGCCUCCGAAGCUGUAAUCGUUGUCACGGCUUGCAACUUUGUGAAUGAGUGUACGACUAGCGAAGAUAUCACUCUGCAACCCGUGGCAGCAGCGGCGACACUGUCGCUCUCUCUCGGCGGUAGUUUAGGAUUGCGAACUUUAACACCCUCAAUGGCUGUUCGUCUUCGAGCACUUCCAGAACUCACACGAUGCAAUUUCUCGCUUACAGUAGUCCCAAAUGAUGCUCAGUAUAACUGGUACUUGGAUCACAUUUUCGUGACAAACGAUGACAGCUACCGUAUCCCGGCCUUCACGUAUGAACCAGGAGAUUCUGUCGAAGUCAGAAUUGAAGUGAACUACAAAGACCCGUUGAGCAGUCAACAUCUCAGCGCAACCACUGAGGAGACAUUAGUGUACGUGGCAGAAAAGCUGGUCACUACAGUCGACGCCAUAUCACGGUCAAUCGCUAGUGAUGCCGUCGUCGUCCUCGAUGCAUGCGAACUACCUACUGGCGUAGACAAAAGAUCCGCCUACUUGCGCAUACCUCCGCGAAUACUAAAUCUUGGAAUGAGUUUCAACUUUACGGAUACCGUCCGUGCGCAGAACUUGAGCGAUGCGAUGUGGUCUAUGGUAACAAUAGAUCAACCAAGACUUCCUCAAAUCAGAUUUUCACCUCUUGCUACCGACAAAUUCAGUCCAAGUGACUAUGUCAGAUUUCCUACGUGGACUGGUCUGUUAGCUGGGAUGCAGUACAAUAUUAGACUGACAGCUUACUCAAGAGAAGGAAGCUCGUUUGCUGAUGUGCGGGUAAAUGUAGAUGCCCCACCAACUGUUGGAACAAUCGAGGUGGUUCCUGCAGAAGGUGCAGUAGCGCUAACAACUCAGAUAGAAUUUCGAGUUGGUGACGGUUGGAUGGACGAAGACCAACCACUGGAAUACCGCUUUGGGCUCAAAGUUCUGCUUAUAGACAAUAGCACCCAGACCCAGCUGGACAACCCGUCAUGUGGAAGUCGUACAGGUUUCCAAGCAAUCUUGGAAGUUUGCGAUCACUAUCAGUCGUGCUCGAUGGCAGAGUCUGCAGUGUUUGAAGUUCUGCCACCGACAAACCUUUCCGUAGCAAUUGUUGACAUGGUCGCUGCCAUCAAUUCGGACAUCGGCAAUGGCAAUGUGUUCUCCGCACUGAGCAACAUGUACGCUUUGGAUGUUCAAAAAUGCGAGGAGGACUUGGAUGUUGUGACAGCAGAUAAAAUCACAUCGAAGCUACUUCUUACACUCGACGAGAGCAGUGACUCCAGCGAUUACAAGGAAGUACUUGCGUCAGCUUCACGUCUCAUGAAUGUCGUGACAACACCGGUACUUCAAGGACUAACACUAGUGCUCGAGCAUUACCGCAAACUGAUAGGGCUGUCUUCUGUGCCUUCGGCAACACGUUCGAAGCGAGCAGUCACUACGAAAACUGCUUCCGACGAGCAGGAGGCCAGUGAUAUGCUGAAUAUGUAUGAUUUGCUACUGGAGAAGAAUCAGCCUAUCGUUGAAGUAUAUCUUCUGAACAUCAGAGAUUUUCUUAGCACGUUUUGUAUCCAGCUGGACUCCAGUUCAUCAAGAAUCAUGAAUGCCCAGGGUAGUGGACAUACGACCAUCCAAGCUCAAAGUCUCGUGCCAGGAUCGACUAAUUUUUCAUCAUCCUUAUAUACUAUAGCUGGGAAUAGUGAGAAAGUGAUAGGAUUUUCCACGGAGUUCCGUGCUCGCUUUACCUCAUGGCAUUGCGGUCCAUCGUUGGUUGUCUGCCAAAACAUCUGUCUGGCGUCAUCGCAGAUAAAAAUGCUUGCUGUACUCAAGAAUGAUCAGUUGAUGGAGCGGCUUUUCGGGAAUAGCUAUGAAGCAAUAUCAGUAAACAAAAGCGUUUCACAGCUGUAUCAGAUCUAUUUUAUGGACCCAUUAAGCGGUGAUAGUGUGGGGCUGCCUCCCAACAUCAUACAGUACUCCGUUCACGUACCACUGACUACCUAUCAACCAUCUAAUUACUACGCUUGCUUGAUGUUCGAUGGAAGAUUAUGGCAAGAAACAAAAUGCCUGGCAAGCAGUUUUGCGAAGCAAAUUAACAAUGGUAAUUAUAUCCGGUGUGACUGCUCAACAAGCGGUAUGCUCAGUGUUUUUACUACAGCGGCCCCCGUACCCAUGAACAUUCCCGAUCACAACGAGAUUCGACUGACAUUCCUGCUGAGCAGCGGUGCCGUGCCAACUUCGAGUCAGCGGGACCAAUUCGUGUCUCGGCUUGUUACGUCCAGUCAUGUGGAUCAGCGCCGUUUUGUGAAUCCUGCAUCUGUUGCUGCGACAGCGAAUUCUUCAGAAAUAUCACUCAUUUUACGUCCGCCAUUUCUCCUGUCACAAAUGACAAAUGGUUACGCUGUGCAAGCUAUUCAGCGAGCUGUCCACAUCGACAGUGGAUUCAAGGCCUAUGAUUCCGUGGCUGUAGUCAAAUCAAUGUAUACGAUCAUUAACAGAACCCUAAACGGGGACGGAAAUGCCCGUAAAGUGAUAAUGACUAUUGAUCGUUCCUUCCAAACCGUCGUCGGAAAUGACACCGCAGCCAUGGCCAGCAAAUGGACCGAAUCAAUGGCAAAUAUGCUUCGAAUCUCAACCUAUAGAUUCAAAAAUGCUCGGAUCUACAUGGGCAUUGUUUUCAAUUUUACGAUAACUUUACCCUUUGAGGAUGAAAAGACUCCAUUAUCUGCUGAGGAGAUCUCAUUGAUGUUGAUGGAAUGUUCAAAUUAUGGAGAGUUAGAUUUGCAGUCAAACCAAGGAGAGACCCUGCCCGUGGGAACAAUCACGAGCAAUAAUAUCGUGGAACUCAUAGUGAAUAGACAAUGGAAUACUCUCGUACUUGUGCUGGUUAUCGUGAUAUCGACCAUAUUAGCCUUUGCAUCGUUGUAUGUGAGUGGAGCUAUUGCAGUGAAAGUCAGGACAGAUAGACUUAUCGAAGAGGAACGCCAACGCAUAGUCCAAAUCGAGCACUCCCAACCGAGUGUGCCACCACCGCAGUAUACUCAGGCUGUUGCUUCAGCACCCUCGCUCAGUGAGAGAUACCCCGACCAUCGUAUACGGAACGUUGCCAGAGCGCAUCACGCCUAG